UGGUUUUCAUACGUGAGAAAAAUGUUAUCCGCUAUUUGCCGUCGCAGUCCUGGACUCUUCUAUUAACUUCACAUACACCUACAUUACAUUUCACCGAAUUGGACCCUUGCACACAACGGAAAAGGUUGUGGAAGCCAUGAUCUGACCUGUUUGCAUCGUCUGUGUGGACGUGGAUUUGAAUUCACACAUAUUCAUCAUGUCUCAGUCUGAGGCCUCUAUGACUGUGUUGGACUGGUUAGGUGUGCUGCGUCUAGAGCAGUAUACAGAAGCUUUUCAAACUGCGGGACUGACGACGUUAGGAGAAUGUCGCAGUCUCACACAGGAUCAGCUAGAACAGAUGGGUAUCAGCCUGCCAGGCCACCAGAGACGCAUCCUAGCCAGUCUGAAUAAACCCCAUGUUCAUACCACAGGACAAUCUGAUACACAUUCUCACCCCGUCCAGUCAGAUGGUCCGGAGGAAACAACUCUCCUGAAGGAACAGGAGAAAAGAGACGAGAAGACAUUAAAACCUCCACCCAGGGAAGGGGAGAAACCAGUCCCCAGGGAGAGGCAAGUGUCCAAGACAAAGGAGGACAGUGGAGACAGAGGUGAGAGGAGGCCAGUUCCUGAACAAAGACAGACGGUACCGAGACGACAGAAACAAGAAGAGGGAGAUAGGGAGAGGGAGAGGCCUGUUCCUAAAGAGAGGACUAAGUUUCGCUCUAGUGCUCCACUAGAGUCGUCCUCUAGUUCCCUAACCUCUUUAACUUCUGAUGCCCCUUUACCCCCAGUCCCCCCUCGGAGCACACCUAAUUGUCCUCCACAGCGCUUCACCGCAGCCCUGAGCCCCUCGCCUCCUCCUCGAACUCCUGUUUCACCUAAACUGGACAGAAAUGCGAUUCAAACCCCAACUGUACAGAACAGAUCUGUGUCCCAGAGUUCCACCUCCACCUCCACCAGCAGCACCAGCACCUCCACACAGGCACCUCUCCACCCUCCAGACCCUUCGCCGUCUCAAUGUCGGCCCCAGUCAUUAGCUUUUUUGCCCCCUGCCCUACAUUCAGGUAGUAAUGGGGGACGAAAAAACUCACCCGUCUCCCCUAUUCCUUCCCCCACUGAAAGCCAAAGUGCUCCACCUCUCCCUCCCAAAACAGGGGCAGCACCUAAAGGCCCUCCACCUGUCCCACAGCGACUUCCUGUACAGUCUCCUAGAACUCACAGCCCACCUUCAACCAAGACACCCACUGAUGAGAUGCAGAAGGACCAAACUCCACAGGUCCCAAUUCGUAUCAGGACAUCUCAACCACAAGAGAAUAUACAACAGCCCUCUCAGUCUAACACCCAGCCGGCUCUUCCAGCCAGGAGGGUCCCCCCACCCCCCCGAGAAACUAGGUUAGGAUCAGUUGACCAUAAUUCUGAUGACUACGAGGAUCCAGAUUUAUUUUACUCCUGUGUUCAUCCUGUGAACACACCAUACAGGGAUAUGUCCCUGCAAGUGCCUGUUCAGGUAAAGGUUCAGUACAGCUCUUUGUGCAGUGAUGAUGAGCUGCUGGAUGACGACGAUACAACUCUCUGGUCAGACAGUCCCAUCAGCAGUCAGCAAGGCAGUCUGUGCCUGCCAAGUAUUGGAAGACUGUCUCCAGCCACUAAAGAUGACAGCCCCCAGCUGUCUGCUGUCAUUAAAAUGGGCUGGCUGGAUAAGAAUCCACCACAGGGGGCAUUGUAUUACCAGAGGCGAUGGGUGAAGCUAGAUGUUGACUAUCUAAGAUAUUUUGACAACGACAAGGAAGUUUAUUCUAAGGGGAUCAUCUCGACUGCCUUCAUCACUAAUGUGUCCAGUGUGGGAGAACUCAAGUUUGAGGUCGUCACAAGUAACCGAACUUUUAUCUUCAGGGCUGAGAGUGAAGCCGAGAGGAACGAUUGGGUGACUGUGCUGCAAGAUUGCACUGGAGGGCGCUCACGUCACAGUACCAUGAAUCCUAAUUCACCUUUGAGCUCAGACUUUCAGGGUUAUUUGGAACUUAGAGGGUUACGCUCUAAACUUUAUACUGUUGUUGCCUCAGAUAAGGUCUUCCUCUACAAAAACAUGGAGGACUACCGUAUAGGAGUGGGUAUCACAUCGAUCGAUAUGAAUGUAGGAAAUGUAAAAGUCACAGAUCGUCGUUCAUUUGAUCUUACCACACCUUAUCGCAUAUUCAGUUUCAUGGCAGAGUCAGAACAACUGAAAGAGCAGUGGGUGGAUGCCAUGCACAAUGCCAUAGGUGAGGCAUUGUCUAACAGUGAGGUGGCAGAUCAGAUCUGGAUGGAGCGCAGUAACAGCCUGUGUGCUGACUGUGGGGCUCCCAAGCCGGAAUGGGCAGCCAUCAACUUGUGUGUGGUGGUCUGCAAACGAUGUGCAGGACAGCACAGAGGACUGGGUCCUAGCAUUUCAAAGGUUCGUAGUCUGAAGAUGGACAGGAAAGUCUGGACAGAGGAACUCAUACAGGUGUUCCUGUCGCUAGGCAAUGAGAGGGUCAACAGUUUCUGGGCAGCUAACGUUCCUCCAAGUGAGGCUCUGACACCAUCCAGCUGCAGCGAAGAGAGACGGCGCUUCAUCACCAACAAAUACCGCCAGGGCAAAUACAGGAAGUACCACCCCCUGUAUGGAAACCAGAAAGAGCUUGACAACGCGUUGUGUAUAAAUGUGCAGAGCAGUGAUGUGCUGGAGACGUUAAGCCUGAUUUUCUGCGGUGCAGAUGUCAAUUGUUCAACUGGUAUGCCCAGUUGCCCAUCCCCUCUUUCCCUGGCCAAAGCACACUCACAACUUCUACAGGCUGAGUUAAUCAAAAAUAAUCUCAACACAGAACUGCCACGGUUGGAAGUAGGCUUAGCCAUGGAUGUGAACCCAUAUUCUCCACCACUGUGUGUGUCUCAUAAUGGCUUCUUGUAUAAGACAGCAUCAAUGGCUCGAGCUAUCACAGAGCGGAAGGCCCGAGAGGAGUUCAGUCGUCGCUGGUGCACACUGAAUGAUGGCACCUUCAGCUACUAUGAAAGUGACAAGAACUCAAACCCAAAUGGAGCUCUAAAGGCCUCAGAGAUAGUCUGUUUGGCUGUGGAUGCAUCUGACAGACAUGGGUAUGAUCACACCUUUGAACUCUACUCUGAGUCUGAACGCCUCUAUCUGUUUGGCACUGAUGAUGCUGACAGCCACAAGGAAUGGGUCAAGUCCAUUGCAAAGAGCUUUAUUCCAGCCAGCGCGGAGCCUUUACUGCGGUUGGGUUUUGAGCGGAUUGGACGGCUAAAAUGUAAAGACGGCUUGAAUCUACAAACUUCUAAGGUUGGUUGGUUUGCUUUGGUGGGUUCCACGCUUCACGCCUACCUAGAGGACAGCCGGGGAGAGGAAAUUCAUCUCCGAAAGCUGAAUGAACUCUCAAUCCAGCAAGACAAUGAGGUGCUGGUUCUGGUGGAGAGAGGCAGGACUCUGUACAUUGAAGGAGAGAGGAAGUUGGAUUUUUCAGGCUGGUGUGGAGCAAUCCAGAUAGCAGCAGGCAGUGGAGGAGACACACUGAGCCAACAGCAACUCACAGAGACAGACAUACCGAUCAUAGUACACAGCUGCAUUGGAUACAUCACACAAUGCGGUUUGACAUCUGAAGGGAUCUAUCGUAAGAGUGGCGUGAACUCCCGUGUGGCAGCGCUGUGUGAGAGGUUCCGACGUGACGCUCGGAGUCUUUGUCUGAGAGAAGGAGAGCAUCAGGUGGACGAUGUGUCCACUACACUCAAGCGCUUCUUCAGGGAGUUAGAGGAAGGGCUGUUCACCUCAGAAGAUGCCAAAACAUGGCUGAGUACAGCAUCCAUUCAGGAUGAAAGCAUGAAAAUCUCCCAGUAUCAGAUGUUGUUAAACAGACUUCCUCAUGUCAACAAGGCUACUCUACAAGCCCUUAUCAACCACCUCUACUGUGUACAGCGAGUCUCUGAUCUGAACCAGAUGAACCUCCAUAACUUGGCCAUAGUUUUUGGUCCCACAUUGUUCCAGACAGAUGGGAAGGACUAUACCGCUGGCCGAGCCAUAGAAGACCUCAUACAGCACUACAUACACAUCUUUGAGGUGGAUGAGCAGCAACUAAAGAAGCAGUUAGCAGAGAUUGAUGUCAUCAUUAAACUCAGAACUCAGAAUAAAAAUUUUCCUAGUACUACACCAGGGGGGCAUAUCAUCUGUACAGUUUACCUGGAAGAAAAGAAGGAAACAGCAACAGCAGAGUACCAUGUGCAGAUCCCCGGUUCUAUGACGGCAGCAGAACUGACAUGUGAGGUUCUUGACCGACGCAACAUCCCUGUUAAAGAUAAAGAGUACUGGAGCUGCUGGGAAGUCUGCAACAAGGAGGAAAUGGAACGCCCUCUGCACUAUCAGGAGCGUGUUUUACCCAUCCUUCACUCCUUUGGCACCGAGUCCCAUCUGCUCAUCAAGAAAUACCACUCCAUGGAGGCAAUGAUCUGCUACCUCGGCAAUAAAGUGGAUGUCUCCAAACAUGGGUUGAUGAAAUUCAGAGAGGAGAGAAGCAUUCUGGGACUUGGACGGACCACUGGAAGCUUUAAUGAUAGAUACUUCAUCCUCACCUCCAACUCUCUCAGAAUGUACAAAGAAGUCAGAAGUAACCGUCCAGAACGUGAGUGGCCAGUGAAAAACCUAAAGGUCUAUUUGGGAAUCAAGAAGAGACUCCGCCCUCCGACCUGUUGGGGACUCACAGUAGUGUAUGAGAGUAAGAAACAAGAGAAGCCAGAGAAACAACAGUGGUAUCUCUGCUGUGACACUCAGCCAGAAAUGAGGGAGUGGUUUGCUACUUUUCUCAGUAUCCAGUAUGAUGGCGACGUGUGGCCUCAGGAUGGACUCCAGCAGACACGGGUGAGCCGUGCCUUGCCGGACACUCGUCAUGGUAACGUGUCGCUGAUUCCACUGCGUGGUUCUGAGAAUGAAAUGCGGAACAGCGUUGCAGCUUUCAGCCAAGACCCACUUGCUCCCUUUAGAGAUGUUCGAUAAUGAUCUCUGAAAUGAAGGGCAGAUGGUCGGCCUCACCGGGUGAUCUCAGAACAAUAUUAUCCCACAGAUGUAAGGCCUGGUACGAUGGACACUGAGAAAACAUGGACAAUUAAUGUGGAUACUGGCCUUACUCUGUCAUCUGACCUUUUGAAUAUGAACUGGACCAAAAACUGAACCGCCAACAGGAUCACUUAGAAAAUCUCACCUGACUUUUACUUGACUGUAUGUACAACGGGGACAUCUGAAAUCACCUAUGGCAUUGGAGAAAAAAAAAAAAAGUGUUUGAUGGACUGUAAUAAAUCUAAUGCCUUCAGCUCAGUCUCCAUCGUUCCACUGAGGCAUGUAGUUAAAUCCAUGCUGCAUCAUUCGACAGAAGCAUGAAGGACACACUGAGAGGAACCUUUAUUUCUUUUUUGUUUGCAGAAAAGACAGACAGGCUGCUCUAGUGCUCAGCGAGUCUAUGUAUAGAAAAUAAAGUUUAUUAACAUGCAAUUGUAGUGGUUUCACAUGUUUUUUUUUUGUUUUUUUUUCUUUAAAUGAUGUGAUGUUUCAGUCUGUUUGUGUAUUAUAGCUCAUAAAACUGUGGGGAAACUCCUGCCGUUCACGCUUAGACAAAAUGCUAUUGUAAGCAGAGCUGAUGUCAGAGGACACUGUGACCUGAUUGUGUCCAACAGUUGUUCUACAGGGACCAAAACUGGGACUGAGUGAAAUGACAAGUGAAGGAUAGGUGUCUGUUACUCUUGCCAAUAGAGUCGUAAAACUGGUCAAAGUUUAUACUGUGUGUGUGUGUGUGUGUGUGUGUGUGUGUGUGUGUGUGUGUGGAGGAAGGAGUAUGUGGUAACAAAUAGAAGACAUUCUAUAAUUUGUACAAAAAUAUGUGACAUAUUUGGACAAGCUUUUGAUUUAUUUCCGCCUGUAGACUCAGAUAAACCCAGUAUAACUAGUUUUCUGUGAUUUGUGCCUUCUUCUGAUCCGUCGUUUUCCUAGGCUGUAGAGUCCGUGCAGUCCUUCCCACAGGCUGUUUCUAAAGCCGCUAAACAUAGGUGAUAAUAUGACUCAUUAUACAGUAUAUGCAGUAUUUACAGGUUUUAAAUAACCCAAUUUCUCUUUAUAGUUCACAGUAACAACAGUAUAAAACCCCAAACUGGGCAUUUCCUCUGAAAACUUUCUGCAUUUUGGCUGUAUAUAUUUUGUCAAUAGGAGGACCUUGAACUAAUCUGUGGUUCGUGUAUUAUCCCAUCAACAAGUGCCUUACCAGCACUGAAUGUUGCCCAUCCGCUCUGUCUUUUGUUGCCUCUGUGCUCAUUUUAGGUUUUCACUCUUGUAAAAACUUGUUAUUUAUUUGGUCAGAAGAGGCUAGACGUGUGUUGCUGUACAAUACAACAUGUUUGCUUCACCUCUACUGGUGAGACGUCAUGAAGUUUACGUUAAUGUUACUUUAAAGCAUGUUAUAUGUUAGAAAUGUGUAUAUAAUAAGCUCUAAUCUCAGCAAGAUUCCACUCUGUAUAGUCAUGUAAUUAGCCUGUCUAUAGAAAGUAAUUAUCCCCCUGUCUAGCUUUAUAUGACUUUAUUUUUGAUUUACAACUUUGAAUCACCAGGGGUGUACGGUUGAUUUGACACCCCCCCACCCCCCACCCUGCUUUUCAGUCUCUAAUUUCUAAUGUCUAUAGAUUCCUCACAGUUCCAUGCAUAUAUUAAUCAUAAGAUGAUGCUUGGAAGUACUCAACCACCUCCAGGAGGCCUUAAUGUGAUCACUGCAGUUUUCAGUUUUCAUUUGACCAUCUACAUUUAUAAUACGUCAGUUGCAUAAUUUACCAUCAGCUUCAAACUGGAGUGAAAUGACAUUACACUUAUUCAUGUUAAAUCUCAACUCCAGUCACGUCAACUCCUCAGAACUUUUUUCCAUGUGUCUGACUUGCAUUUAUGCCGUUUUCUGCCUUUUCAUGUUUUUUUUCAUCAAUGGACCUUAAUGCAUUACUUGGGCACAUGUAGUUUCCGUUUUUCACUGUUUAUGCAACUUGACUAACAAGCGGUCAGACUUUGCAGAUACAAGUGUAUUUGACUUUGCACACUGUAACGUGGAUUCCAUCUAACUUAUGCAGCUUUUCAAAACCAUUGCUUAUAGUUGUAAUGAAGUGUAUUAUGCACACUUGUAUUUGUUGUGAUUCGGAUUCAUUGAGUUUUGUUGUUUUUUUUUGGAUCAUUGUAAAAGACUUCCUGAUUAUGUCCACUUUGAUAUAGUGAUGAAAAAUAAAGUAAAAUAGGAGAGGUAAACAUGUAAUGUGAGCAGGAUAUGUUCUCUUCUGUCUUGUGUUUCUUAGCAUUUUACAGUGUUUUGCAUCUCUGAAACUCUAAUAAACACAUUCCUCUAAUCUG